CACACGCUCUGGCUGGGCCCAGAGGGAAGGUGAGAGGGAGAGAGGGUGGGGGGGUGUGGCACAGGGCCACCGAAGCGUAGCUCCUCCAGCCUGGUGAAUGGUGCCCCCGACUGCCACUGGCCCUGGAGGGAGCCGCCCUGCCUUCAACUGGAAGCCCCAAUCCGCAGCGAUCCCCGAGCCUCAUCCUUCUCUGUGCGAGCGUGUGCAGGCAUCCACACGGGUUCGCCGGCCCCGCUCAGCCCCGGGCCCGGCCAGGCGGCCAUGGCCGACGAGAAGACCUUCCGCAUCGGCUUCAUUGUGCUGGGGCUCUUCCUGCUAGCCCUCGGCACGUUCCUCAUGAGCCACGACCGGCCCCAGGUCUACGGCACCUUCUACGCCAUGGGCUGCGUCAUGGUGAUCGGGGGCGUCAUCUGGAGCAUGUGCCAAUGCUACCCCAAGAAUGAAGUGCACACCCCUGGAAACACAGGGGUGUCAGGCUGUGGGAGGAAGUGUGCCUCCCAUGACCAGAGUCUGCCUGACUUCAGCCACAUCCAGAUGAAGGUCAUGGGCUACCGUGAGGACCCUCGCCCGCUGCUGGCCCCCCAGCUGGGACAGCUGCAGCUGGGAGCCAGUGAUGGAGGAGAAGGUGGCCCCCAUGAUGCUCAGGGCUGGAUGGAGGCUGCAGUGGUCAUCCACAGGGCCUCAGAUGAGGACGAGGGAGAAAGCAACCUGACUCCGAGCAGGCCUGGGUGAGUCCUCUUUUAUUCUGGGUCAUUACUUCCUCCCAGUAGGAAAGCCUCUAUAGUGAGGGGUGCCCCUGGGCGCAUGCCCUCUGCUGUAACGUGGUCCCGCUAAUGGCCGCGAGACAGCAGACACGGCAAGGUGCCCCGUGUUCCUGCACCCUGCUUACUAAGGCAGGGGAGCAGGUGACCUGCAUCAGAAGGGCCGUCUGGGCAAACAGCUAAAAUAAAGUUUUCAGUGUUUUAAGGGGUCACUUUCACCUGCAAAUUCUUUUAUGUGAAACCACCCGUUCCCCCCCUGG